GAUAAGACACACAUCCUGUUAGAUUUUACAUUGUAUAUAAAUGAGCCUUUAUACAGAAGUAAAUUAUUUUGUGAAAUUUCAGUGGAAAGAAAUUGUUCAUAACGUUAUGGCGAAGAAUAUGUUUCUAUUUUGCAUUUUGUCAACGGUGUCAUGUCAAGACAAUUUCUAUAUAUCGACGGAGAUGUCAUUAUGGUCGAGGUCAGCAGACAAAUGUUUACCGGCGACACCAAAGGUUGACGCUGCCAUUAGCCAUUCUCCAACUGUGUACAGUGUUGACAACCUGGGUAUAGAUCUAUCGGAUAAUGAAGAUAUAUGGGUGGGAUAUUAUCAGGCAGUGCGAGUAUUUGAAUAUAUUGGCUGCGUAUUGCAGGAUAACCUUUUCAGUAGUGAAUCCAGGUUUGUCACUAUAAAUGGAGAUCCAGGACAUUGCUUUCCAGGAUGCGGAGAAAGUACCGUCAUCGGUGUGACUAAAUCUCGGUGUUACUGUCUAGGAGAUGCAUUCAGCAUUACAAAGGAUACAGAGACUGGAUGCACGGAUAAAUGUAACCAUCCUACAGUUGCAUGUGGUCAAGAUUAUAGUCCAACAAAGUACAGCUACUUAUCAAUAUACAAAAUCAAUCCAAAUGUUACAGCGAGUUCUAUUUCCAAAAAGCCACCAUCCCCACGGGAAACAAACUGCCUAAAAAUAGACCCAAGUGAUCAAAAAACCUUGUAUUGGGAUAGAUGUCAGUCAUAUCUCCAAGCCAUGUGCUUCAACAAAGGUCGUGUUGAAAACAUGCAGUGCGCAAGCGGGUCGGACUUUUGUACAUGGGUAGAUGCUGCAAAUACGUGCUUUAGUAACGGAUAUUUUCCAACAUUAUACUCAAAUUCAUUUGAUGUAAAGAAAGAUGAUGGUUCACCGAUAUGGACUGGACUUUUCAAAUCCAAUGUUGUUUACCAGCAUAAUUCAAAUUUUCCAGAGGACAGGAGACACGAUCAGAAGCAAUUUGGCUUUCUAAAAAAGGAAUCAGAAACCAAUGUGAAACUUAUGUUUACAACGAACGAUUCGAUGAAACGAAUACUGUGCAUGAAAGACAGAAAAAAGAAAAACACGCUAACGACCCAUGUACCCAAAACUGAGUCAUCUUCCGUCAAUAUAACAGAAUUUUCCAGCUUUCCUACCACAACAUUGUCGGACAAAAGCGAAACAGCUGAGGGUAGCUCUGGUAUUUACAUUGCUAUAGGAGUUUGUGUAUCUGUUGCUUCCAUAGUUUUGCUGAUAGUUUUCUUAAGGAGGAGACGAAAGGAGACAAACCAAGGAUUUCUCAAUCCACACAACAAUACAGCUAAACAAACAAUUGAAAAUGACAACGACUGCCCUGAGCUUGCAAUGCCAACUACAUCUCAAAGCAGACAUGUCUACUUUAUUCUGGAACCAAGAGAAAAAGAACCUGAAAAUAUAAACGAAACGUACAAUACAGCGAGUGAAGAUACAGCUUAUGACAGAACAGAUAUACGUCAGGAUCAUGUAAAAACUAAAUCAGAAAAUGUAUAUAAUCAACUAGAUACGGCUAAAGAUACAACAUACGAUCAAGCCUAUUCUAGAGGUGGACGUAAGGCUGUAUCAUCAGAUUGUACAUUUGCACAUAAACAAGUCUGUUCUGAUGGACAAUCAAGUAGCAUUUAUAAUACAUCUAAUAUAGAUGAUGGCGAGUACCACCAUAUAGGAAGUAACUUAAAACAAUCAAAAACAGACAACAUUUAUGGUAUUCACGGGACUGAAGGUGGAGACAAAUCAUUAGUUGAUGACCAUUCAACAUAUAACUGCAUAUCAAUUGACUGUACAGAGACUGUAAAUACUAAUAAUCCGUAUUCAAGUCUUGGUGCAAAAUGAAACAAAAUGCCGUUUUUUAAUCUUCAAAGUGUAUAUAUGAAAUCUUUGCUACUGCUAACAUCGGAACAAAAAUACAAAAAUAUUAAAUAUAGACUAUACUUAUGAAGGGUUGAAUGUAGUAUAUAUGUUAUUGUUCCAUUUCAAAUAUAUUCAUAAGCAGCAGUCAAUGAAAUAACGACAAUCGGCAGCAAGGGUUUUUAAAAGUAACAGAGCUUAUUAUGCUCUUAUUGUGACUGACAGGAGUUAAGUUAUUUAACAGAUUACUUAUCAUAAUUAACCUUGACUGAUAGAUUGACAAAUUGACUGAUUAAAUGGUUGACUGAUAUUUGUGGUGAUCAAUGUCAGUCGUUUAUUUCUGUAAUGCAUACCAGAAAAAUGCAAUCAUGCUCUCUUUCACAAUGUUUAAUCGAUCUAUAUAAAGAUAGGUAGAUAAAUAGUUUUUUUGCUGGUUUAACGUAGCACCGACACAAUUAUAGGUAAUAUGGCGACUUGCCAGGUUUGAUGGUUUAGGAAGAACCACGAUGCAAAUCCGUGCAUUAUUUCAUCACGAGUGGGCACCUGGGUAGAACCACUAACCUUCCGUAAGCCAGCUGGAUGGCUUCCAAGCAUGAAGAAUUCAACACCCCGAGUGAGGCUUGAACCCACGUUGGCGAGGGGCAAGUGAUUUGAAGUCAGCUACCUUAACGACUCGGCCACGGAGGCCCCAGAUAGAUAGGUAGGUAGGUAGAUAGAUAGAUAGAUAGAUGUUUAAUCUGUUUUUAAGUAGAACUUUAAAGCGUUAUGGACCUAAAAGUAAAGUUAGCUAUAAUAAAAAUGUGCCUAUACAUAGUCUGUAAUCGUCUGUAAAUGUCUUUAUAACCAUGGAAACAAAACAUUUCAUCAUAUGUUACGCAUUUACUUUUGAAACUAAAGAACAAAGUGAAAAUUAUAAGUAUAGUAUCGUAUUCAAAUUAAAAAAAAACAUGUACUGAUAUCAAAAUUCAUAAACAUUUCUUAACGAUUAUUUAAUAUUUUUGUUUUAAAAUUUUGCCGGUGUGGUAGACAGAUGUCUAUUAUUACUUGUGUGGAUUGGCCCGUUGCCAAGCAUUGCUUCUGAUGCCUAGCAUUGCUUGUGUAGAUAAAAAAAUCUCCGCACAGGUAUACUGUCGAACAAUCAUCUCUGUCUCGAAGCAAAUCAUAUGACGAUGCUAAAACUCUGUGAUCAGUAAAUGGUGACACGCUUGGCAACGCCUGGUAAAUCUACAGGCAGAUUGAAAUUUCUGUCACAACUUUAAAGAGCAAAAUGAAAGUAUUACUUAAGUGGAUUGAUCCAAUGCCAAGUAUUACUUGGUUGGAUUGACCCGAUGCCAAGCAUUACUUAAGAGGAUUGGCCUGAUGUCAAAUAUCAUUUGUGUGGAUUGACUCGAUACCAAACAAUAUUUGUCGAUAACACUAUGUCAUUGUGUGGGUUGAAUUAUCAUUAAGCUGAUCACCACUGAUUUUACUGUAAGCUUGUUUACUUAGGUCUUCUGAUUGAUUUAAAUAUUUGCUGGUAAUAUAAUAUAUAUAGAAAAAAACACUUGUGUGGUUAGGAAAACAGCUGCGUGUAAACCAACUGAUAAGAAUUCCAAUUCACAGGUGAACUACACAGAUUACCUUAUCUGGAUUCUUAAUUCCGUCUGUCAAAGAGAAAUUGGAUCGCAUACCAACAUUAAUAAGAGCCGCACCAUGAGAAAACCAUCAUAGUGCGUUUGCGACCAGCAUGGAUCCAGACCAGCCUGCGCAUCCGCACAGUCUGGUCAGGAUCUAUGCUGUUCGCUAACGGUUUCUCUAAUUGCAAUAGGCUUUGAAAGCGAACAGCAUGGAUCCUGACCAGACUGCACGGAUGUACAUGCACUAUGUUAGUUUUCUCAUGGCGUGGCUCAAUAAUGACACUCGACAAUUUCCGUGAGAUUAUGUAUUCUCGUUUGCUAUUUCGGCAUCGUUCGGCCAUAAUAGAAAAUUACUUUUCGUAACAAACGGAAAAUAACGAAAUCCCUUACGGAGAAAUCUGACGGAAAAUGCCGAUAGUCAUCACGGGUCCAUUACCUUAAGCAGGAAAUAGAACAGUGCCCCAAAUAAAAUAUUUGCAAAAACUUAAAGCGUAUGUCUCUAAAGUCUCUAAUAUAUUGCAAAAACUUGCAACGAGUCCAAUAGGUUUAAUUAAAAGAUUUAAGUUGCUAUUUGUUGAUCAUAUUCAAAUAUAAUUAUAAAAUUAAUCAAUGUGGAUUUAUCGUGAUACAACCGCAAGUGGGUUGUUCAAUUGAUUUAGGAUGUGAUACAGUAACUAUGUAUACGUAGUAUUAAGAUUCUUUCAACACAGUUAGAAGUAUAGUAUACUUCCGUAUGCAAUAACAAUGUAAAUUUGUAUUUCCAUUUAACUAAUAAGGAUGUAACCAGUAGAGUAGGUUCGGCUAAUUCCGUACAGGCCAAUAAAGUCAUAAAUUCUG